GGCAGCGUUGUAGUCCCUAGCUGACGUCCGUGGUUAGGUGAAGUGUCUCGUCCGCUGGAUUAUUUACCUGCUUGGAUUUUCCUGGUUGUGAAAAUUAAUUUUACCAAUAUUUAUGUAUUUACGCCCUCUACUCCUCAAAAUGUGACUGAAAACAAAUUGGUGUCAAACAAAUCGCUUCCCUUGAUUGUGCGGUUUAACAGUUUAAAUGUGACUUAGAUAAAUUCUUGGUCGUUCAGGAAAUACCAGUGAUUCUGGACGUUUAGUAAGCAUACCCGUCGAGUUUACAAAGCUGAAAGAUGUGUAUAAGAGUGGCAGUGUUGGGGGUGAUGGUGGUGAUGAGCACAGCGAUGCCCAGGGCUUCCACACUCCCUCCACUCGCCAAUACAACCUCACAAUACCAUCCGCCUUCCUCCCUCACCAGUAAUGAAAGUUUGACAGAGGCACCAACAAGCACAGGUGUUGUUAGUGACCCUAAACAUGACACACCCGACACCUGGAAGGAGGUGGGCACAGUUACACCUCUGGGGGAUGUCGACAUGGAUAUUUCUGAUGAGGUGCACACAACUCCGCCUUUGAUGACCGCGACGUCCUCGGCAGGGCCAGGAGCCAGUGAAGGAACCAGCAAGACAGUACCGACUCGCAUGGACCAACUGGUCAGGUGUCAGUGUGGCCCAGAGCAGGUGCUGACUGCAGACGGGUGCCGGUCCUCUACUGGUAUCUACAUCGAUGGGGAGAGCAAAUAUGAUUUCCCUACCAAGAAACUCAUGACUGACUUGAAUGUCAUCGUGCAUGACCUUCACUGUGCAGUUGAUGAUGAUCACAGAGAGAUGAACUUCACAAAAGGGCAGUUUUUUCUACGUGAUCGUGGUGACAUAGUCUUGAACGAUGCAGCUGGUUAUCUCAGUGGUCUCCGCAUCAAUAACUACUGUGUCAUCCAUUACUUGGACUAUGGAGAGAAUCUUACCUGGAUGUUGAAGGCGUGUAUUCCUCCUCCCUCUGUACCCCGCUGUUGUCCUCCUGGUGAAGCACUUAAGGAUACUCUGUGUCAUCCAGCCCAUUCCCCAGACUUACUGAUGCCACCCAUUGCUGCUGGUACCGAAAAGAAAUCAGUUGAAUGGCCAGUUAUCAGAAACCACUACAGCCCAGUCACAUGUACCCAGGAUCCAAUGAAAACAUUAUCACUAAAUUCUAAAGAUUCUGUCUUAGUAGCGAUUCCCACAGGUAUGGUUCACAUUUGGGAUCAACCAGAAACUGUGCUGAAAAAAAUUUAUUCAUUUCCUCCUGAUUUUUGUGUGGACGGACAGCAAAACCCUAAUGGAUCUGUGACCUACUCAGCCAAUUUAUGUUACUCUAAUCCACGAGAACUUCACCACAAAAAAUGUGAUGGUAAAAUUUGUGUGCGCAAGUGUUGUAAACUUGGAGAAAUAAUGAACUCUUCCAUCCAUAGAUGUGUUCCCAAUGGUAACAUUACUUUUAUCCCACCAUUCACGUCCAGGCCACCAAGUUAUGAAACAGUAACAGGGCUAGCAUUGUGUUCUCCCCAAACAAGAAUUAAAAACUUCACCUUAGAUGGAUCUGGGUAUAUAACAUACAGGAAACAAAGUCUUUCUCCUACUGAAUAUUGCAUGGACACCUUCUUUGAUGGCUUUAACAAAUAUGAGACCAGUGCGUUAGGUUGUGUGAAUUUCCUCACAACAUUGGACAACGUUCGUGAAAUAUUGUAUCCAAUAUGUCAGUUUAUCUCUCUCUUCUUCAUGUCCUUAACGGUGGUGUGUUACUGCAAGGUGCCAGAACUUCUAAAAAAUGGUGGCUGGUAUCAGCUGUGGCAUGUCCUUUCACUCAUAUUGGCCUUCUCCAGCAACAUCUGCCAGUCAUUCCUUAAUUACAACAUGAGUAAGAUGUCAUGCAUUGCAAUUGCACUUGCCAUGCAGUAUGGCUAUUUGGCCACUUUCUUCUGGCUCAGUGUUCUUUGUUUUGAAGUCUGGAGAAAAAUUAGGAGCCUUGCCAGAUACCUCCCUCCCAGCAGUGUACCAGUUUGGGUCUACCCGCUCUAUGCAUUUGGAGGACCAUUUGCAAUUGGAAUCAUCACAGUGUGUAUGCAGUUCUUAGCACCAGAUAAUGUCCCUGGCAUUAUUAAGCCUUACAUAGGUGAAAGCAAAUGUUGGUUCAUAGAUGAAAUGUCACGGUUCUUGUAUUUCUAUGGACCCAUAGCAUUACUGUUUAUUUUUAACAUCAUAUUCAUUGCACUUACAUACUGGAACUACAAAGUAAUUGAAGAAAAUUCAGCAGUUUUGAGAAAUUUGAGUAAAGAUGAAUCGGGUAAUGAAAGUGCCACUGCAAUGAGGACGUCCAUGGAGCAGACGUACCGCAGACGGGACUAUAUUGCUGACUUUAAGCAGCAGUUCUCCUUGCUGGUGAUCAUGUGCACUUGCUGGGUUACAGAAAUUAUCUCCUGGAAAGUCCCACCACCUGAGCUGUGGGCGGUAACUGAUGUAUUGAAUACACUUCAAGGUUUCUUCAUCAUGGUAAUCUUUUUGGCAAAUAAAAGUAAACGCAGACAGCUCAAGAAGAAGUAUCCAGGAAUUUUUGUGGCAGCAAAACAAUUAUUUUUGGUAUUGCAAAAGGUCGCAUCAUUUAUCAUGUGUAAGAAUAUUAAUGGUAGAUCAUUUUCCUCUGACAAUUGUAUAACUUCCCAAGUCAGUAGAAAGCUAUCAACUUCAUCCAUUGUUUCAAAUUUUUCAACAUUGACUUCAUCAUUGAAACACAGUUCAGCCUCAUCAUUCCAUGUAACAUCAAUUGUUAGGAAUGGAACCAAAAGAUCUUCAUCGGUUAAUGAAACUGAGAAUGGCAUUAUUACAAUUUCUCACUCGCCUCUAAGUUCCUCACCCAGUGGUGAGAGUGAAUCAUCUUGUCCAUGUGUUUGGGAUAAUAGAUAUGCAGCUGAGCCAAAUUGCAUGAGCUCAAGUGAGUGCUAAAUGUUAUAUUUUCCAUAUUUAAGUGUCUACCACCAUUAUUUCAGUUAGAUUUCUUUAUUUUUUUCAUUAAAACUUUUUAAAGUCCUCACUAAAAAUUGUUAUUGCUGUAUUACCAAUGUUGUACCUGUACUCUUUAGGGAUGGUUUGAAGUUGUUUUUUGUUGUUUAAUGUAGUGGUAAUAGUUCAGUUCACCCAGACUGUUAAACUCUUCACUAAUGUAAGGAAAAAGUAAUUUUUUUUUCUAAAAAACUGUUUUUGUGAUAUAGUCCAGAAUGCGACGUCUAGCUUUAUACCUAGGUAUGUUAAUGCCCAGCAAUAACUUGCCAGGCCAACAUACAGGCAAUUAAAACCUCUAAUAAUACUUGAUACAUAUUACAGUAUUAGGAAGACGUAGCUACCUGGCAUUUAAUUGCAAUUCUCAAAACCCCCUCCCGCACCCUCUAUCACACGCAUUGCUACCGUCAUCUCUUGCCCCAGAGCGAGCAGUAAACAAAUGUCAACUCAAGGGGUGGAGAUGGGCGAGAUGUUGACGUCGCAUUCUGGACUAUAUCGCAAAAACUGGUUUUUAGAAAAAUAGGCUUUUUGUUCAAUCCAGAAUGCGACGUCUAGCUUUGAUUGCUCACCAGCAAAUUCUCAGUCUUGAGCAGCACCUUGUUCUGGCAGUACUUCACCAUUGAAGCACCUGCAGACUUUGUGAUGCUCGUGUGUUCUUUUAUCUUGGCGGCAUCCUUCUUGAUCGUCCGGAUCAUAGAUUCGUUCACGCCAUGCUGGCGUGCUAAAUCAACUUGCCUCGUUCCUUUUUCUAACUCCUGUACGAUCUUGUACUUAACUUCGUAACUUAGGGCACGUCAUAUCUUCUUUGGCUUGGAGCGGCUGGUUCUAAGUAAUGCAAGGUUUUUCUGUGGUGGUGGGGGUCCAGCGGAUGCCAUUCUUACGAGAUUAGCGGUAACAAUACAGGAGCACAGUACAGUAUACACGGGGUGACUGGGAAGAGGGUGACUGACUUGGGUAGUGGCUUCUCUGUGGUGGCAGGGCACGUCAUAUUACAUUGAACCAAUCACAGUUAGCCGGGGAGGGAGGUAAGGAUGCGUGGCCCAAUCACAGUCCGAUACUUCAUAUGAAGUCACCGAUAACGCAACAGUGACAUACUGAGCAACCUUACUAGCGCCGCUUGUACUCAAACAUGACGGGAUGGCGGGCCGCUUGAAUCCAAAAUGGCGCGGCCUGUUUGGACCCUCCAGCGACUCGCUGCGUAAAUGACCAAAUUUACAGUGUAAUUAAAGCAUUUCAAUUCUGGCAAGGCACCGCGUAAAUGACCAAACGCGUUAACCAAAACCGCGUAAAUCCAGAUUAUACUGUACAGUAAUAAUGUAAUGCUACUAUGGUUUAGAUGUUAUGGAUAUCAAGAUGGACACUUUCUUUAUCAAUAACAGAAUAUAGAACUACUUCAUAUCCAUCAGCUUGAUGUAGAAGGUGUCGUACCCUUAUCCAAUUUUGAGAAAUUUUUUGCUUUGAUACACUUUUAUAAUUUUUUGUCCUUAAUUUUGAUAAUCUUGGUGAUAUGACCAUCUAAUAUCAGUUGGUGAUAAACAGUACCUGUAAUCAAUCGGUACUGGAGGUGAGAGCAAUUGAGGCAUGAUCCUUGUGGUUGAGGAACUUUGAAAUGAAGUAAAUCCUCACUGGUUCCUAGUUUACCUAUCUUUCCUUCAUUUACCUAAUGACCACCCCACCUGUAAGUGGCCAUGUUGGCUCACCUGAUUGUUCUUGAUAGUCUUAUCCAAGGCUAUUUUGAAGCCCAUAACUGUUCUCAAUUCCACAGCUUCAGCUGGUAGACUGUUCCACAGGUCUACCACCCUUUGUGCAUGAAGAAAUAAUGUACUUUAUAUUCAUUCUGCAUGACACCUUGAUGCGUUUGAAGUUGUGUCCUCUUGUGUUGGUGGUGCAUGACAAUUGAAAAAAUGCUGUGGGUAUACAUUUUCCCAUUCCUUUCAAGAUUUUGAAAGUCUCUAUGAGAUUUGCCUUAACGUGUCUUUUCUGUAGAGUUGUCAGUCCUAAAACCCUCAGUCUACUUGGAUAAUCUAGAUCUAGUUCAGGAAUAAUUUUAGUUGCACUGUGUUGCACUUUUACAAGUGUUGUGUGUUUCUGUAGGUAGGAUUUAUAUGCCUGUAAUGUACAAAGAAAUAGACUGGGACAUUUAAAGGA